CUCACAUGCUAGUUAUUCCAAAGCAGGGGAUGUUUUCAGUGCACAGUAAAAGCCCUCUGAAGUGAGGCCAGAGCCAGAACUCCCCAGGGAGGACGAGCAGCAUUGCACAGCCAUGGAUUCAAACAAACAAGAAGGAGAAACUGAAAAUGUGCCAGUGAGUAACCCUGCAACACAGAUUUCUCAGUUGCAGGCACUGGCCUCUGAACUAAAAACUGGUUUCACUGAAGCAAUGCAGGAACUUUCAAGAAUUCAGCAUGGAGAGUAUGCUCUGGAGGAGAAGGUUAAGAGCUGUCACUGCACAAUGGAAGAGAAAGUGUCAGAGAUGAAGAAUUCGCUGAACUCUUUCAAGGAGGAGCUCAGUGAUGCCAAGUCGAAGAUUGAAGUGAUCAGUGCCAAGCAAGAGGAAAUGCAACAGAAAAUUGAACAGCUGCAACAAGAGAAACGUAGGGAAUCCCGGAAAGUGAAAACUAAAAGAACACAAAAGGAUGAACACGGAUCACAAACGGUGCCUACUCCUCUACAAGGCAGUCCGUUCCGAUCGAUAAAUCUCCCGGAACCUGUACUGAUUAAUGAAGAUUUUACAAGUCUUUUGCACCAUGCAACCUAUGAGAGAGUCUCUGAUACCCGAUCCAUGGCAGCUGGAGAAGGAAAUGUGAAAGUAGUGUCAGGCACGGGCGGGAGCAGUGCAAAUCCAGAGACAGAAGAAAGCCUCAAGCCUUCCUUGCCAGCUGACAUUCAGCCAAAGGGUCACCCCACAUCAACUGUGUGGAAGCAGCCCAAGGACAGUAAAGAGUGGGGUGAUGAAUAUAUUUCUAAGGAGCACCCAGACAGAGUGAAGGAAACAGGCCAAAGCAGAUACACCUCAGUGGACAAUGUCUUAUGUGAAACUUCUUUCGCUGCCAAAAGACAGAGCAUUGCUUUGGAGCUGCUCGAGUCCGAGAGGAAAUAUGUCAUCAACCUGUCCCUGAUCCUGAAGAUCAAAGCCACGUUGCAAGGCUCAGACAUGAAGAGGAACACCAAGGAGAGAAGUUUCUUUCCCGGUUCUUUACGAUACCUGGUCCAGCAGCAUGUAGACUUACUUCACACACUGCAAGAGAGGGUGCUGAGUUGGCCACGUCCAGGAAUCCUGGGAGACAUAUUCCUGAAGUUAACAAAUGAUGAGAACAAUUUUCUGGACUACUACAUUGCUUACUUGAGGGACCUGCCGGAAUGCAUCUCACUGAUCCACGUGGUGAUUCUGAAGGAGGUGGAAGAAGAAAUUAAGUCUGACCUCUACAUGCUGUUCUUUCACAUAGUCCAGCGUAUCCCCGAAUACCUUAUUCACUUACAGAACAUCCUGAAGUACACCGAGCAAGAGCACCCCGAUUACUACCUGCUCCUGGUAUGUGUGCAGCGCUUCCGCAUUUUUAUCUCGCACUACAGCCUGCUAUUACAGUGCAAUGAAGACCUGCUCAUACAGAAACGGAAAAAGCUGAAGAAGUCGUCCCUGGUUAAGUUAUACAAAGGUCUGGCUUCUCAGUGUGCCAGUGCCAGCCAGGAGGUUUCUCAAACACCCAGCACAACAGCCGUCCGAGACAGCGGGAUCCACUCCGAAGAGGUGAUGCAGCCGUUCCCAGCAGCCCCCUCUUCCAGCACAACAGCCACGCAUUUGGUGUCACAGAUGAAGAAGAACCAGCCUGCAAUGAUGGAGAACAUCCAGGCUGGGAAGCCAUCAGACUGGGAAAUGGAGGCUAGAAAACACGAAAGGCCAGAAAAUAUCCUUGCUUCGUCUCAGUUCCCCGAGCAGGAGCUAAAGGCCAUGUCCAUCCCUUUGCAAGCGAUCCCGGAGAUGGAAUAUGAAACUCCCCCAGCCGAUCCAAUGGGAAAUGCUGAGAGAUCUGUCAGGACCUCAAUGGAGCUGCUCCAGGAUGGUAGAAGCUUUGCUCCAAACUAUGAAGAGCUGGACUAUGGGAGGGAAGUUUUCACCCUGCCAGGUCCCUAUGAGGACGAGACCUUUCAAAAUCUGGCUCUUUUUGAGACCUGCUCCCCGGCCUCCUCUGAAUCCAGCCUAGAUAUUUGCUUUUUAAGGCCUGUUAGCUUUACAGUGGAACCAGACAGGACAGAUCACUCGUCACAGCCGCUGCCCAAAAGCAGCAGUGCUUACAAACAGGAGGCGUUUCACAGCAAAGGCAAGCAGCUGAGCAGGUCCCUGAAGGAGUUCCCCAGGAGCACUGAGGUCAUGAGCACUAGACCCUACAGCACCCGGAGCAGCAGCAGUAGCCAGCUGCAGCACAAGCAGGAGAGAAGCAUGCAACCUCACCUGAUCUCUGCAUCAUCUAGAAGCUCCCAAAGGAGCUACUUUCCCCCACCAAGAGGGCUAGGGGAGAAACAGAGCUUUUUGGAAGAGCUACAUGCAGAAGACAACACCAGGUUCUGCCAGAAGGAUGACAACGAACAAACAUCCUUCAGCGAGCACAACCCGCGGCAGGAACCCAAAGGGGGCUUCCGGAGCUCCUUCCGCAAGCUCUUCAAAAAGAAAUGAGCUGUCCAGCAGGAGCACCUCGAAUGCCACCUGGGAUUGGACCUCGUUGUGCUCAGCCCUGUACCGAGUCAGAGACAGCCCCUGCCCCGACAAGCUUACAAACUAAACAGACAGGAGCAACACACGGUAAAGGAGAGGUAUAGAACAUAUGAGUAAAGCCCCCAACCCCCAGAGCCAUAAGGCUGCCUGGAUCUCUUGCCGUUUCCCUGGGUACUUACACUGGAGAUGAGACUGACGAGUAUAUCGGAACCCUCCUAUCAAAAUUAUAAAUGGGGCCCUGGCCCGUUCCACUGCCACCUUGGGACUGGGCCCCACUGUAUGGCUGGUGCGUCUGAAUUGUGGCCAGGUUGAAAUCUGGCUCCAGAAAAAGAAAGAAUGGCCCCUCCGAGAGACAAACCUGCUGAGUUCUUCUCAGCUUUCCCUCUGUUAGCAGAAUAACGUUUUUUAUUUACUUGUAGUGCCAUAGCACAUAGGAACCCUCGUCAAGGACCAGGCCCCCACUGUGCUUGGGGCUGUACAAACACAGAACACAGACACGGCGUGUCCCCCCACAGGUUACAAUCUAAAUAUGAGAGAAGAAUCAAUAGACAGAUACAGAGAGAGGAGAACACGAACAGUGCAACAGUCCUGGUCAGCAUGAUCAGCAGGGCUGUCUGCACACCUGCUGCCUAAUGGAAUCAAGUUGUUUGUAGACAUUGAGGAGGACAAUGAGGUCGCUUUGUGGCUGUCUAUGGGGAGCUCCUCCCCAGGGCGAGGGGCAGCAUGGCAGAAAGCACUGAGGGGCUUGUUUGAAAAUGCAGCAAGUGGGCAAUGGAGGCCGGCGUCAUGGGCCGAUCGCAGGUGGGAGUCAACGUUUCAACAGCAAAUGAGAGAUGAGAGGUAGGUGGGGAUAAGCUUUGAAAGUGAAGACAAGUAGCUUGUGUGUGAUGCACGAGAGAAGGGGGAGCCAAUGAAGGGAUGCAAAGAGAGGGGAGUGUGGUAAAAGUGACGGGCUAGGACACUGAUCUUCGCAGCAACAUUCAGGGUGGAUAUGAACGGGACAAGAUGACAUUAGGCAAGGACGGAGGGAAGGAUGUUCCAUUAAUGAAGAUGUGAGAUGAGAACUUGGAUGAGUUUAGCUGUGUGGAUGGACAAGAAAGGCCGUAUCUUAAGAGAUGUUGUGCAGCAGGAAUCUGCAAGAUUUAGACAUAGCCUGGAUGUGAGGAUUUAGAGAGAGCUCUGAGUUCAAGAUGACACCCUAUUGCAGGCCUGAAUAUCAGGCAAGAUGGUGGUGUUGUCCACAGUGAUUGAGAAAGGAAGUAGGAAAGAGGGUUUUUGGGGGGAAAUUAGGAGUUCUGUUUUAGCCAAGUUUAGCUUGAGCUGGUGGCUACACAUCUGUGAGAUGUCGUCAGAGAGACUGGACCAGAUCUUAGUUUGGACAGAAGGAGGCAGUCUAAAGGAGAGAGGUAGAUCUGAGAGUCAUUGGCAUAGAGAUGAUAGUUGGUUGUGUGUUUGGAUGGCAUUAUCCAGCAAAAGCUGUAGAGGGAGAUUAGAAGGAGGCCAAGGACAGAGCCCUUUGGAACACAGGGCCGGAUUAAUGAGAUUGGAGGGCAGGAGCUAAUGUUUUUUGGAGGCCUCCCAGUAUUAAUGAGAGAAAAAAGUACCAGCUUAUGACAAUCAACAAGUCACGUAUGAUACUGAAUAAACAUGAAAAGAUAAUCAAAGACAAUGAACAGGUUAUAUAUUUCCUGGAUAAACAUAAAAACAUAAAACAUUGAGUCAAAUGAAAAUGUUGCUUGUUCAAACUGACAUCUUGCGAGCUGCACUUUCAGUUAUUGUAUCCUCAGAUGACACUGUGCCCAGUAAAUCCCAUUCAAUUGACAUGAUAGAAAGAGCAUUAAGCUUCACUUCUACUGUAGUUGACCAAAGAUUUGAUUUUUUUUUUAUUAAGGCAAGCUUGGAGAACAAUUGCUCUGCUUCAGUUGGCAAUGGCUGGAAUCAAAUACAGUCUCAACACAAUGAAGAUAUUCAGCAUGCAAAAAUGUGAUGAUUCCAGUAGCACUCUUAUCCUGCAUGUCACAAUAUCUUAUAAAUGCUGAAAAAUAAAACAUUUCAGCGAAAGGACCAGGCUCUAGAUCAUUCGGGUAAGCGUUGAGCAAUGCCUGAGUGCAUGUUUGCAUCUCUUCUU